GAUUUUUUUUUUUUUUUUUAAUGAUUUGUGUGAUACAGCUGCAAAUAAGUAUUUGAAAACCUGAGGAAAACAAUGUUAUUUGGUACAGUAGUCUUUGUUUGCAAUUACAGAGGUCAAACGUUUCCUGUCGUUCACCAGGGUUGCACACACUGCAGGAGGGAUUUCAGAUCACUCCAUACAGAUCUUCUCUAGAUCCAAAGAUUUUCUCUUUGGUUUAGGUCCGGAGAAUAGGUCUAGCCAGUGCUAGGCCACGCCAGAAUCUUGAUAUGCUUCUUACGGAGCCACUCCUUGAUUUUCCUGGCUGUGUGCUUCGGGUCAUUGUCAUGUUGAAAGACCUACCCACGACCCAUCCUUCAAUGCUCUGACCGAGGGAAAGAGGUUGUUCCCAAAAACCUCACAAUAUAUGGCCGUGGUCAUCCUCUCCUUAAUAAAGUCGUCCUGUCCCAUGUGUAGAAAAACACCCCCAAAGCACGAUGCUACCACUCCAUGCUUCACAGUAGGGAUGGUGUUCUUGGGAUGGGACUCAUCAUUCGUCUUCCUCCAAACACGGUCAGUGGAAUUUUGACCAAAAAGUUCCAUUUUGGUCUCAUCUGACCACAGACCUUUCUCCCAUGACUCCUCUGUAUCAUUCAAAUGGUCAUUGGCAAACUUGAGACAGGCCUUGAAAUGUGCUGGUUUAAGCAGGGGAACUUUCCAUGCCAUGCAUGAUUUCAAACCAUGACGUCUUAGUGCAUGACCAACAUUCACCUUGGAAACGGUGGUCCCAGCUCUUUUUGGGUCAUUGACCAAGUCCUGUCCUGUGGUCCUGGGCUGAUUCCUUACCUUUCUAAGGAUCAUUGAGACCCCACGAGGUGAUAUCUUGUAUGGAGCUCCACUCCGGUUGAGAUUGACUGUCAUGUUUGUGUUGGGUGGACAGGUGUCUUUAUGCAUCUAACAACCUCACACAGGUGCAUCUGAUGCAGAAUAAUACAUGGAGUGGAGGUGGACUUUUAAAAGUGGACUAACAGGUCUUUGAGGGUCACAAUUUUAGCUGACAGACAGGUGUUCAAAUACUUAUUUGCAACUGCAUCACAAAAAUAAAUCGUUAAAAAAUCAUGCAUUGUGAUUUCUGGAUUUUUCUUUUUAGAUUAUCUCUUUCACCGUGGAAUGCACCUACAAUAAAAAAUUUCAGACCCCUCCAUGAUUUCUAAGUGGGAGAACUUGCAAUAUAGCAGGGUCUUCAAAUACUCAUUUUCUUCACUGUAUUACCGUCUUAAAUAAAUAAACCAUUUAACACUGUUUAACUGACAUUAUUAUGCAUUAAAUAUUAAAUAUUUGUGGGUACUGCAGUUUAUCCUCUACAUUACAAAUCCUUGGUCAAGACUUCAAAAGAUGCAUCUGACUCAUCUCCAAUGUGAAAAAUAACCAUCGUAGCUACCCUAGAUGCAUCACUGUCAAACUCAUUAUUGAUGAAUUGGUCCAGUUCUGGUGCUUCCUACAUUCAUGAACAGUGAUCCCAUCUUGCUCCACAUCAUGUCAUCCUCUGUGCCAUCCAUGGCGUUUAUGAGGAAACAUUUUUUGAAUCCCAAGAGUCUUGCUUCCCUUUAUUUCUUAUUGUCAGCGCUUUGAGAGGAACAUCCACUGUGCUAAUAGUGCACCCUCUUGCCCCUAUUCGGCUUCAUCCCGUCAGGUCACGAUCAAAACAAAAGCUCAAACUACAUAGAAAUGAGCGGAAUGGGCACUUUUUUAAAAAAGUGAGCAUUUAUAUUGUGUGUGCUAUCCUUUUUUUUUUUUUUUAAUGAUCGCACGAUCACACUACGUAGUUUCAGCUCAUGUUUCCGGUUUGGCCACGUCAUCGGCCAGAGUGAUGACAUUUCUUUUAAAAGCGCCUGCACAACUAGCUCUUAUAGUCGACAUUUUUUGUCAUCGUUUAAGUUAUAACAAACUCACGGGCAGUUGUUUCUGAUGUGUGAUGCGGUAUUAACAAAUAUGCUACACUAACGAUCGUAAAAUGCAAAGCCCCCCCAUCCCCCACGGGAGGUCAGCGUUCAGAUUUUAGGUUGGUGGAGCACAUUACCGUAAUAUAUAUAAAUCUUUUAAGUUAAGACAUCGAAUAUCAUAUAGAAAUGUAUACCUUUUUUUUAACCACUUUAUGUACCUGUAUAUGAGCUACGGGCCCUCAUAUGACUAUACAAUGUGAUUUCUAUUUUUUAUUUUUCCAUCCAUACCUAAAUAUAAUGCACUCUAUUGACUGAAAAUAUUUUUGGAAAAAAUUGCAGUAUGUAAUAAAUUUAUACAUAUUCAACUAUAUUACCCUCUUGAAGUAUAUUUACUUCAGUUUUUCCAAUAGUUUUCUAUGGUUUCUUUUAAUGUUGUCAUAGAUUAGCUUCCCCCGUUAGUGAAAUUAUACUACGCUGCUUAUAGCCUCCCACGUUAAACAAGAAUGCAUUAACACCCCGGAAGUGGUCAUCAGAACACUGCACAUUGCAGUGUAUGAACACAUGCCCCGUCGUGUUCUAUGAGAAUAGGAAUUAUUAAAAUGAGUUCCAGACAGGGGUUCCUCGGUUUAUAAUGGAGUUCAGCUCAGAGGUGCGACGUAACCCGAAUUUGACCACGUCUGGAUGCACCCCAGUCUUUCACCAACCUACAGAAAUUGAGUUAGUAAAAUCACAAGUAUUGCAAGUAUUCACAUUAAAACUAUUUCUAGGCCAUUGCUAUUAAACAAUUACAUUAAAAAAACAUUUUCCAACAGCUAAUUCUAGACUUAAUUUGUGUGCCAUUGUAAUCUCAAAACCUCCUGUCAUGACUCUCAUAAAGGAUGCACUGUACAUUGACUGACUUUUAUUUUUUGUUUUUUUUUUAAUAUAUUCUUUCCUAUUUCAUAGCAGAUGCAUGCUGGUGUCAGCAGAAUACAUGGUCAGCAUUCCAUCAACAAUAAUUUGCUUACUUGGUUAGAAGAAGACCCAUACCCAGUGAGCAACCGCUUCACUCCCAGUGGUGUCUCCUCUUAUUCAGCAUCUAAAGAUGAGUGGAGCUUACCAUUGGAGAGCUCAGAUUUUAGCAGUGGGUUACAACAUGAAGAAACAGUUGUUGAAUCAAUUCAAUGUGGUCUUUCCAGCUCCAUCCUGGAGUUCCAGGAAAAAGACCUUCCUUUGAGGCGGCAACUAACAUCCACUGUUUUGUACCCUACCUAUAGUCCAUGCCCCUGCUCUUACUCUAAGAGAGACCAAACAGACCUAAAAAAAGAAAGUAUCUGCUAUAUAGGAGGGACGUCAAGAAGACGAACCAUGUCAUAUUAUGAAGCAAACUAUUGGAACUGCGCUAUCCCUAAAUCUUUGCCCAUGUCCACAAAUAAGUACACUGGAGCCUGGGAUCCAAACAAAGAGUAUCAAGCUUUGCUGGACUACACCUACCCUCUAAGUCCUGGGCAGAUGGACAGUAAGUGGAAGAGCAUUGAGUUCCAGGGUGACGCCCUCCAACAUCACGACAUGAACUUAAAGGAUUCUGGUAUUGAACUGGAUAAUCUUUGUCGCACCAGCCUGUCUGGGUCAGACUUAAACCUAAGCAAUACCAUAAAGACAAAAGGAGAAAAGCAGAAAAUCUGUUUUACAGGUCUAAACUCUUCAUUUAUCUCUACAACACCCUCCCCUGGGUUGUUUUCGGACAGUGUGGACUUUCUGGACAAAGGUGUUAUGAAGUGUCAAUGUCAAAGUCUGCACAAUCAUCAGAAUGCACGACCCUCUUCCAGUGUUAUUCAUGCAACAAGUGUUCUUCCUCAGUCACAAUCUGCAGGUGCGGACCUUGACAAGGAGUUUUGGUCUCUACCCGAUCACUUAGAGAGGAAUGUGCUCCUCCUCACUAGACAGGUAAAGGAUGCAACAGCCAGGCUAAACUGUCCAGUUACACCCAUUUGUGAUGGUUUGGACUACACCUCGAUAUUCUCUAUUAUAUCACAGCCAAGAAAAGAACUGGCUAAAAAUGGUGAUGCCAAACUGGACAAGAGCAAAAGAGAUGACGGAAGCGCAGCCAUAAACAUAAAUAAGAGUGCAACUGAAUCAGGACUAACUCAGGAAAGUCUUCAGGAGGGGGAGACGUUGGUAGAGCAGCUUUGUGGCCUCUACCUGAAAGACCCUCAAAAGGUCGUCCGGGAGGACCAGGACCAAAAUUGCUCUCUGAUGCAACAUACACACAUGUUUUGCUCACUCUUGGAUCAAUAUAUCCACUGGCUCUACAAGGCUUCUGAUAAGAUAGAGAUGUUGGCUCGACCCACCGUAGACAAUGACAACAUGAAGAGGUCACUUCCUGAGUAUCAGAGAUUUCAGAGAGAGGUGAGUAGCCAUAAGCACCUGACCUCUCAUAUUCUGCAAACUGGAGAGAUGCUUCUCAGCUGCAUGGACAGCACCUUCCCUUUGUUAAGAAACAUGCUGGUGUUAAUUGAGGGACAGUCAAGAACCAUUGCGAAUCACACCAAACACCUUGAGUCCUCCAUCCUGUCCGCUAUUGACGUGAACAAUCAGACCCAUGUUAAUCAGGACAGCGAUCCAGUUCAGUGAGACUAAAUGGAGAAAUUUGGCAGUGACGUGGACUUGGGCUUCCACAGAGUGAAUGUCAUGGAUGGAGCUGGGGAAGGAACACUCGUCAGUGGGUGGGUUGGAUGUGUGGAAAUGUAUUCCUUAUUUGCAUCCCCUGAUCACACAGGAUGGCUGCAACACAGUCAUAGCCUGCAGCUGAUGUCCUUACUACUGCUCACCAGGCUAAAGAGUUUUUUUUUUUUUUUACAUUGUCAUUUUGUCAAUAAUUACAAUGAAUACGUUAUGUACUGCAAAAAAAAAUGCUUUGUAAACAUACCUGACAAGGAAGUGUUGUGAAUUGUGGUUUCAUGUGAGAAACAUUAUAUAGCCCUCAGUGUUCAUUAGAUUUGUGAACAAUUCUUGAUUUCAAAGUUUUGUGUCAACUGUUUUCUCGCAUUAUAUUCAUAAAGUUUUGCCUUUUCCACAUUUAUACAGCCUCAAAAAAUUUAAUUUAUUUUUAAGCAGUCUUUGUAUACACCAUACAUAAAUGUGUCUCGUGGCAAUUACUGUAAUUGUGACUUCUUGGUUUGAUAAAUAUUGGAGAAAGUUUGGUACAAGUAUUAAUACUUUCUAUAUGCACUGUUACCCUCAUUGUUGGCAAGUAUACUAUGACAAGUUUGACUUUUUCGAAUCAAAGUAUUCACACAUUCGACUCAAAAUCUGGACAGAAUUUGGGGCUUGUUUGAAUAGGACCAUGUAUACAAAACACUGUUCCAUCACCUUUAUUGAAAUCUUAGAAAAUUGUAUUUCCAGACCAUCUUUUCAAGUAAAUUGUUGCCUUGAUGAAAACA